GCUGCGGGGUCCCGGGCUAGCGCGUGGUUACGGUUUGGUGCUUCUGGUCUGCGGAGCCUCAGGCGGGCCCUUUCUUCCGCCUGUUUUCCUGCUUUUGCGGGAACCUGAUCCAGUUCUAAGGCAUCGCUCGAGAAGGAGGCCUUCUUGUGCCUAGCACGUAGCCCCGUUUUAGACCUGGCCAGACACGGGUUUGCUUGUGAAGGUCACAGUUGCUGGAUCUAAGUGAAGGAGUUCAGUAGACUCUGAUGUGCCUGGUCACCUGGCUCAUUUUCUGAACUCUGGAUUGUGCCCUAGGAUCCUAGGUUCUUGAAGCCUUUCAGAGGAGACUUGUCAAGGCCUGGGUGGGGGAGGAGAAAAUUAAAUUUAGUGUCAUACAUAUGAGGAAUCCAUACAGACAUGAAAUUCUCAAAGCAGUAUGGCAACAAGAGGUACUACUAUAACCACACAGUUUGGUAGCAAAAGGAUCUAUUUACUGGGCCCUCUUGACAUAGAGAUGUGGGGGGAUUCUCGAUCUGCUAACAGAACAGGACCUUUUCGUGGGAGCCAAGAAGAAAGGUUUGCUCCCGGGUGGAACAGGGAUUAUCCUCCUCCUCCCCUUAAGAGUCAUGCUCAAGAGAGACACUCUGGCAACUUUCCUGGCAGAGAUUCACUUCCCUUUGAUUUCCAGGGGCAUUCGGGGCCUCCCUUUGCAAAUGUAGAGGAGCAUUCUUUCAGCUAUGGCGCUAGAGACGGACCGCAUGGUGACUAUCGAGGAGGGGAGGGACCUGGACAUGAUUUCAGGGGGGGAGAUUUUUCAUCUUCUGAUUUCCAGAACAGAGAUUCAUCACAGUUGGACUUCAGGGGUAGGGACAUACAUUCUGGGGAUUUUCGGGAUAGAGAAGGACCACCUAUGGACUAUAGGGGUGGAGAUGGUACUUCUAUGGAUUAUAGAGGUAGGGAGACAUCUCACAUGAACUACAGAGACAGGGAUGCUCACACUGUUGACUUCAGAGGUAGGGAUGCUCCUUCAUCUGACUUCAGGGGCCGGGGCACUUAUGAUUUAGAUUUUAGAGGCCGGGAUGGAUCCCAUGCAGAUUUUAGGGGAAGAGAUUUGUCGGAUUUGGAUUUCAGGGCCAGAGAUCAGUCCCGUUCUGAUUUUAGGAAUAGAGAUGUAUCUGAUUUGGACUUCAGGGACAAAGACGGAACACAGGUGGACUUUAGAGGCCGAAGUUCAGGUACUAGUGAUCUAGACUUUAGGGACAGGGAUACGCCACAUUCAGAUUUCAGAGGUAGACACCGGUCCAGGACUGAUCAGGAUUUUAGGAGCAGAGAGGUGGGACCUUGUAUGGAGUUUAAAGAUAGGGAGAUGCCCUCUGUGGAUCCAAAUAUUUUGGAUUACAUACAACCCUCUACACAAGAUAGAGAACAUUCUGGUAUGAACGUGAACAAGAGAGAAGAAUCCACACAUGACCAUACAACAGAAAGGCCUGCUUUUGGCAUUCAGAAAGGAGAAUUUGAACAUUCAGAAACAAGAGAAGGAGAAAAACAAGAUGUAGCCUUUGAACAUGAGUCUUCAUCGGACUUUCAGAACAGCGAAAGUCCACUUCAAGACCAAGACAAGUCACAGCUUUCUGGAGGUGAGCAACAGAGUUCAGAUGCUGGUGUGUUUAAAGAAGAAGGUGGUCUGGACUUUCUUGGCCGGGAAGACACUGAUUACAGAAGCAUGGAGUACCGUGAUGUGGAUCACAGGCUGCCAGGAAGCCAAAUAUUUGGCUAUGGCCAGAGCAAGUCUUUUCCAGAGGGCAAAACUUCCCGAGAUGCCCAACGGGACCUUCAGGAUCAAGAUUAUAGGACUGGCCCAAGUGAGGAGAAACCAAGCAAGCUUAUUCGAUUAAGCGGGGUGCCUGAAAAUGCCACAAAAGAAGAGAUUCUUAAUGCCUUUCGGACUCCUGAUGGCACGCCUGUAAAGGACUUGCAGUUGAAGGAGUAUAACACAGGUUACGACUAUGGCUAUGUCUGCGUGGAGUUUUCACUCUUGGAAGAUGCCAUCGGAUGCAUGGAGGCCAACCAGGGAACUCUAAUGAUCCAUGACAAAGAGGUCAUCCUUGAGUAUAUAUCAGGCCCGGACUUUUGGUACUGCAAACGGUGUAAGGCCAGCGUAGCUGGGUACCGAUCUUCAUGUUCACUCUGCAAGUGCCCAAGGGAAGUGACAGAGGCCAAGCAAGAAUUAGUAACCUAUCCUCAGCCUCAGAAAACAUCCAUACCAGCAGCAUCAGAAAAACAACCCAACCAGUCUCCAAGGUCAGGUGAUAAAGAAUCUGAACCUAAAAAGCGGGAAGAAGGACAAGAACCACGCUUGGGACAUCAAAAGAGAGAAGCAGAAAGAUACCUGCCUCCUUCUCGAAGGGAAGGGCUUACCUUCCGACGAGACCGAGAGAAGGAGCCAUGGUCUGGGGAGACACGCCAGGAUGGGGAGAGCAAAACAAUCAUGCUAAAACGCAUCUAUCGGUCUACUCCACCUGAGGUCAUAGUGGAAGUGCUAGAGCCCUACGUCCGCCUUACUACUGCCAACGUCCGUAUCAUCAAGAACAGAACUGGCCCCAUGGGCCACACUUACGGCUUUAUUGACCUUGACUCCCAUGCGGAAGCUCUUCGUGUAGUGAAGAUCUUACAGAACCUUGAUCCGCCAUUUAGUAUCGAUGGGAAGAUGGUAGCUGUAAACUUGGCCACUGGAAAACGAAGAAAUGAUUCUGGGGACCAUUCUGACCACAUGCACUACUAUCAGGGUAAAAAGUAUUUCCGAGAUAGGAGAGGAGGAGGCAGAAAUUCAGACUGGUCUUCAGAUACAAAUCGACAAGGACAACAGUCAUCAUCUGACUGCUACAUAUAUGAUUCUGCUACUGGCUACUAUUAUGACCCUUUGGCAGGCACUUAUUAUGACCCCAACACUCAGCAAGAAGUCUAUGUGCCCCAGGACCCUGGGUCACCUGAAGAAGAGGAGAUCAAGGAAAAGAAAUCCACCAUUCAAGGAAAGUCAAGUAGCAAGAAGGAGGCAUCUAAAAGAGAUGGCAAGGAGAAAAAAGACCGAGGAGUGACAAGGUUUCAGGAAAAUGCCAGUGAGGGGACAGCCCCCCCAGAGGACGUCUUUAAGAAGCCCCUGCCUCCCACUGUGAAGAAAGAAGAGAGUCCUCCACCACCUAAGGUGAUAAACCCACUCAUUGGCCUCCUGGGUGAAUAUGGAGGAGACAGUGACUACGAGGAGGAAGAGGAGGAGGAACAGACCCCUCCUCCACAGCCCCGCACAGCACAGCCCCCACAAAGGGAGGAACUGACCAAGAAGGAGAACGAAGAAGACAAACUCACUGACUGGAAUAAACUGGCUUGUCUGCUCUGCAGAAGGCAGUUUCCCAACAAAGAAGUUCUGAUCAAACACCAGCAGCUCUCAGACCUGCACAAGCAAAACCUGGAAAUCCAUCGGAAGAUAAAACAGUCUGAGCAGGAACUAGCCUAUCUAGAAAGGAGGGAACAGGAGGGAAGGUUUAAAGAAAGAGGAAAUGAUCGCAGGGAAAAGCUCCAAUCUUUUGACUCUCCAGAAAGGAAGCGAAUUAAAUACUCCAGGGAAACUGACAGUGAUCGUAAACCUGUUGGUAAAGAAGGUAUUGACAGUAGCAACAAAGGAGGCUGUGUCCAACAGACCACUGGCUGGAGGAAGGGGGCAGGCCUUGGAUAUGGCCAUCCUGGAUUGGCUUCAGCAGAGGAGACUGAAGGCCGGAUGAGGGGGCCCAGUGUAGGGGCUCCAGGAAGAACCAGCAAGAGACAGUCCAACGAGACUUACCGAGACGCUGUGCGAAGAGUCAUGUUUGCUCGGUAUAAAGAACUAGAUUAAAGAAUGGAGGAGAGGCAAGUCCCAUAGGACACAACCUCCUUCUUGUUUUGUUUGUCCGUCUCCUUUUGUUUUGUUACUGUUCUUGCUGCUAGAACUUUUUUAAAUAAACUUUUUUUCAAUGUGA